AUGAAACUCUAUCGUUUUGGCAAGCUGAAGAACAUCAUUGUCGUCUCAUUUGAUGACACUGAAUAUACGACUCUUAAUAUCUCUUGCCCUCUCUUUUCUGUUUCUGUGUGGUUCUCUGAUUGUCUGUCUCUCUGUAUCUGUCUGUCUCUCUCUCUCUCUAACUGUCUCUCUCGCUUUCUAUCUUUCUCUUUUGUCGCUGUUUUCUAUCAUUUGUGUCUCUCUUCUCUUUUUCUCUCGCUUGUCUCUCUUUAUUCUCUUUUUCCCCUCACUUGUGUCUGUCUUCUCUUUUUCUCUCACUUGUCUUCAUCUCUUCUCUUUUUACUCUCACUUUUCUCUCUCUAUUCUCUUUUUCCUCUCACUUGUGUCUCUAUUCUCUUUUUCCCCCUAACUUGUGUCUCUAUUCUCUUUUUCCCCCUCACUUGUGUCUCUCUUCUCUUUUUCUCUCACUUGUCUUUAUCUUUUUCUUUUACUCUCACUUGUCUCUCUCGAUUCUCUUUUUCCUCUCACUUGUGUCUCUAUUCUCUUUUUCCCCCUCACUUGUGUCUCUCUUCUCUUUUUCUCUCACUUGUCUUUAUCUCUUCUCUUUUUACUCUCACUUGUCUCUCUCUAUUCUCUUUUUCCUCUCACUUGUGUCUCUAUUCUCUUUUUCCCCCUCACUUGUGUCUCUAUUCUCUUUUUCCCCCUCACUUGUGUCUCUAUUCUCUUUUUCCCCCUCACUUGUGUCUCUAUUCUCUUUUUCCCCGUCACUUGUGUCUCUCUUCUCUUUUUCUCUCACUUGUCUUUAUCUCUUCUCUUUUUCUCUCACUUGUCUCUCUCUAUUCUCUUUUCCUCUCACUUGUGUCUCUAUUCUCUUUUCCCCCUCACUUGUGUCUCUAUUCUCUUUCCCCCCCUCACUUGUGUCUCUAUUCUCUUUUCCCCCUCACUUGUGUCUCUAUUCUCUUUUUCCCCCUCACUUGUGUCUCUCUUCUUUUUCCCCUCUCCUUGUGUCUCUAUUCUCUUUUUACUCUCACUUGUCUCUCUCUUCUCUUUUUCCUCUCACUUGUGUCUCUAUUCUCUUUUCCCCCUCACUUGUGUCUCUAUUCUCUUUUUCCCCCUCACUUGUGUCUCUCUUCUCUUUUUCUCUCACUUGUCUUUAUCUUUUCUCUUUUUACUCUCACUUGUCUCUCUCUAUUCUCUUUUUCCUCUCACUUGUGUCUCUAUUCUCUUUUUCCCCCUCACUUGUGUCUCUAUUCUCUUUUUCCCCCUCACUUGUGUCUCUAUUCUCUUUUUCCCCCUCACUUGUGUCUCUAUUCUCUUUUUCCCCCUCACUUGUGUCUCUAUUCUCUUUUUCUCUCACUUGUCUUUAUCUCUUCUCUUUUUACUCUCACUUGUCUCUCUCUAUUCUCUUUUUCCUCUCACUUGUGUCUCUAUUCUCUUUUUCCCCCUCACUUGUGUCUCUCUUCUCUUUUUCUCUCACUUGUCUUUCUCUUUUCUCUUUUUCCCCUCACUUGUCUCUCUCUAUUCUCUUUUUCCUCUCACUUGUGUCUCUAUUCUCUUUUUCUCUCACUUGUCUUUCUCUCUUCUCUUUUUCCCCCUCACUUGUGUCUCUAUUCUCUUUUCCCCCCCUCACUUGUGUCUCUAUUCUCUUUUCCCCCUCUCACUUGUGUCUCUAUUCUCUUUCCCUCUCACUUGUCUCUCUCUUCUCUUUUUUCUCUCUCUUGUGUGUCUCUAUUCUUUUCCCCCUCUCACUUGUGUCUCUAUUCUCUUUUUCCCCCUCACUUGUGUCUCUAUUCUCUUUUCCCCCCUCACUUGUGUCUCUAUUUCUCUUUCCCCUCACUUGUGUCUCUAUUCUCUUUUUCUCUCACUUGUCUUUAUCUCUUCUCUCCUUUUACUCUCACUUGUCUCUCUAUUCUCUUUUUCCUCUCACUUGUGUCUCUAUUCUCUUUUUCCCCCUCACUUGUGUCUCUAUUCUCUUUUUCCCCUCACUUGCGUCUGUCUUCUCUUUUUCUCUCACUUGUCUUUAUCUCUUCUCUUUUUACUCUCACUUGUCUCUCUCUAUUCUCUUUUUCCUCUCACUUGUGUCUCUAUUCUCUUUUCCCCCCUCACUUGUGUCUCUAUUCUCUUUUUCCCCCUCACUUGUGUCUCUCUUCUCUUUUUCUCUCCCUUGUCUUUAUCUCUUCUCUUUUUACUCUCACUUGUCUCUCUCUAUUCUCUUUUUCCUCUCACUUGUGUCUCUAUUCUCUUUUUCCCCCUCACUUGUGUCUCUAUUCUCUUUUCCCCUCACUUGUGUCUGUCUUCUCUUUUUCUCCCUUGUCUUUAUCUCUUCUCUUUUCCCCUCUCACUUCUCUCUAUUCUCUUUUUCCCCUCACUUGUGUCUCUAUUCUCUUUCCCCCCCCUCACUUGUGUCUCUAUUCUCUUCCCCCCCUCACUUGUGUCUCUCUUCUCUUUUUCUCUCACUUGUCUUUCUCUCUUCUCUUUUACUCUCACUUUUCUUUCUCUAUUCUCUUUUACUCCUCUCACUUGUCUCUCUCUAUUUUCUUUUCCCCUCACUUGUGUCUCUAUUCUCUUUUUCCCCCUCACUUGUGUCUCUAUUCUCUUUUUCCCCCUCACUUGUGUCUCUAUUCUCUUUUUCCCCCUCACUUGUGUCUCUAUUCUCUUUUUUCUCUCACUUUGUCUUUAUCUCUCUCUUUUCCCCCCUCACUUGUGUCUCUAUUCUCUUUUUCCCCUCACUUGUGUCUCUAUUCUCUUUUUCCCCCUCACUUGUGUCUCUAUUCUCUUUUCCCCCCUCACUUGUGUCUCUAUUCUCUUUUUCCCCUCACUUGUGUCUGUCUUCUCUUUUUCUCUCACUUGUCUUUAUCUCUUCUCUUUUUACUCUCACUUGUCUCUCUCUAUUUUCUUUUUCCUCUCACUUGUGUCUCUAUUCUCUUUCCCCCCCCUCACUUGUGUCUUUAUUCUCUUUUUCCCCCUCACUUGUGUCUCUAUUCUCUUUUUCCCCUCACUUGUGUCUCUCUUCUCUUUUUCUCUCACUUGUCUUUAUCUCUUCUCUUUUUACUCUCACUUGUCUCUCUCUAUUCUCUUUUUCCUCUCACUUGUGUCUCUAUUCUCUUUUUCCCCCUCACUUGUGUCUCUAUUCUCUUUUUCCCCCUCACUUGUGUCUCUAUUCUCUUUUUCCCCUCACUUGCGUCUGUCUUCUCUUUUUCUCUCACUUGUCUUUAUCUCUUCUCUUUUUACUCUCACUUGUCUCUCUCUAUUCUCUUUUUCCUCUCACUUGUGUCUCUAUUCUCUUUUUCCCCCUCACUUGUGUCUUUAUUCUCUUUUUCCCCCUCACUUGUGUCUUUAUUCUCUUUUCCCCCUCACUUGUCUCUAUUCUCUUUUCCCCCUCACUUGUGUCUCUAUUCUCUUUUCUCUCACAUGUAUCUCUCUUUUACUCUCACUUUUUCUUUAUUCUCUUUUCCCCCCCUCUUGUUUUAUUCUUUUUCUGUAUGUAUCUCUUCUUUUUCUCUCUUCCUUCUUUUCUCUUAUUUUCUUUUUCUCUUCCUUUUCUCUUCUUUUUCUUCUCUUUCUUCUCGCUCUUUUUUUCUCUUUCUUCUCUUUUUCUCUUCACUUUCAUCUCUUCUCUUACUUCUCUUUCUCCCCUCAUUUCUUCUUUUAUCUCUUCUUUUUCUUCUAUUUUGUUUCUUCUUUCUUCUUUUAUCUCUACUCUUUCUUCUAUUUUUCUCUCCUUUCUUCUGUUCUUUCUCUUUCUUUUUAUCUUUUUUCUGUUCUUUCUUCAGUUUUUCUCACUUUUUUUUUUUAUCUAUCUCCUCUCCAUAUCACUUGUUGCUCAUUUUCAAACACAUUGCAAACGCUGUACAUAUCUCUCUCCUUCUCUCACUCUCCUUCUCUUUUCUCUCUCUUACUUUCUCUAUCUACCCCUCUCUAUCUCCUUUUCUCUCUCCUUCUCUCUACUUCUCUGUCUCUCUCUCCUUCUCUUUCUACUUCUCUCUGUCUACUUGCUUUUCUCUCUCUUCUUUCUCUUUCUCUCUCCAAUUCCUUUAA